CACAUGUUCAAUAACUUCCCCAUUUCUUACAAUGUCCACUUGUGUGUGCUGAAUUCAUUGAAUAGGAAUCAAUGGAAAUGAUAUUCCUGUUGUUGAUAUUGCUUACAGUUUACCCCGUAACUGCGUACAAAGCUGUGGUGUUUAUUCAUGGAUUGAAUGGAUUGUCAUCAGAUGGAAAUCUUAUCAAUGACACCCUUCAAAAGUUACAUCCAAAGACACCAUAUUAUGCAGUCGAGGCAUUCGGUAAUCUCCAAACCUUGUUACCGCUAUGGGAAGAAGUCGACAUAGUCAGACCAUACCUACUGAAAUACAUGAAAGCUCAUCCGGAAGGAAUUCAUCUUAUUUGCUAUUCACAGGGCGGUCUGGUAUGUCGCGGCUUACUGUCUACUAUUCCAGAUCACAAUGUCAACACCUUUAUAGCCUUAAGUUCUCCUUUAGCGGGAAUUUUUGGAGACUGGAAGUUCACUCACAAGUUUUUUCCUAAUUUUGUGAGAGAUAAUGCCUACAGGUUUCUGUACACUAAGAUCGGACAAGAAAUUUUUCUAGGAAACUAUUGGAAAGAUCCUCAUCAUCUACAUCUGUAUACAAAGUUUUCAAACUUCCUGGCUCCCUUGAACAAUGAUUCCAAGUCGCCUUAUAUUACAGAAUACAAACGAAAUUUCUUGCGGAUUAAGGAGCUAAUCCUGAUUGGUGGUCCCAAUGACGACGUUAUUUCACCAUGGCAAUCAAGUCACUUUGGUUUCUACAAUGAAAAGGGGGAAGUGCAAGGAAUGAAAGAGCAAAGGUUUUAUAAAGAAGAUUCCUUUGGGCUAAAAACCAUGGAUGAACAAAACAGAAUAAAAACCUAUGCAAUUCCGAAUAUCCAGCACAGACAUUGGGUGCGUAACCUGACAUUGAUUAAGGACAUCAUCGUGAAAUCACUGACCUAAUUUAUUUUAAAAUGACAUUGUCUUUGGUAAAUAUUUAAGUAAACAAAUUUGGGCCACAUGCAGAAUUUGUUGUGUUCAACUUUACCAAGCAUUAAAUAAAAUAUAAAUAUUAAUUCAAUUUCGUAGAUGUUGUACUUGAAUAUCAAGGGGAAAAACGUUGGUAUGAGUACAAAAAUAAAAUUGCCAAAUA